UUGAACGGAAAUCUUCAGAUCCCCGACUCCGAACAAGCGCUACCACAACCAUAAACUCAACCAUUUCUGCGGCUACAGACACUGCCAGCCAUAUCAUAGCACUGAAAAUAAUCCAUAGCACUUAGCUUUUUAUAUGUAUAUACCAAAAUAAUAUACCUUUUUGGUAAUUUAUUGAAUAUUUAAAGAAACAUUCCGUUCCAGGGAGCAAAAUGCUUCGUUUGCGGCAAUCACAGGGGACAUCAACUGGCAAGGUUUUCUAUGUAGUACUGCUGGUAUUCGCGGCAUCAUCUGUCUCUGCCAUGGAUGUAGUUGUGGCCCAGCGGAUCAAUGCCCUGAAUGGCACCAUGGUCAAGAUCUCCUGCACCUUCACUUCCUGCUAUCGAAUUGAUACCAGCAAGUUUUCUAUGAACUGGACCUACAAGGAGAGUGAAAACGACACAGAGGAGAUGUUUAUGACCUUUAAGAACAAAGUAACAUCUAUGUGGACAGACCGUUUUGGGGGCCGAGUAAAGUUCGCCGGGAACCUGGACAAAAAUGACCUGUCCAUCACCAUCUCAGAUGUGCAGCUGGAAGAUGAGGGAAUCUAUAACUGCUAUGUGCGCAAUCCUCCCGAUCGUAUUCAGGGGCAUGGUAUCAUCCAGCUGCAUGUAGUCCCUGAGUUGCCUCCGCCACGGGACUCCACUAUCGCCGUGGCGAUCGGAGCUUCCAUUGGAGGCAUGCUCGCGCUGGUCAUCCUGUCCAUGGUCGUGGUGAAAUGCGUGCGUAGGCACAAGAAACAGGAGCUCAUCUCUGAUGAACAGAAGAUGGAGGAGGAUGGCAAAACCGAUGGAGAAGCUGGAACGGAAGAGGGCACCAAACAACUCUAACCUUGCUGCUUGACCUGGAAAGCCUAAAGUGUGGUGGAGCCCCGACCCCCACAUUCUGACAUAUAUGUACCCUGCCUGAAUACGUAUAUUGAAGUUUGCUGAAACCAUCGUCGUUUGACUGCAUCGUUUCUGUGGGACUUGCUUCUCUUGCCCAGCCAAGAAAUGUGUCCUAUUUAGACAAGCUCAGCCACUGCCCACCCUGGGUCUGUGCACCCUUGCCCCAGUGCAGAUCACCACACUUACCACACUUCCACUAAUGACAGUACUGUUUACAACACUAAAGAAGGUAGUGAUCCAAAAGCUAUUUCUGGGACCCACUUGUUUUUGUAACAAUUUUAUUUUGUGUCCUCCAACUACUGCCAAAGCAUUUACUGUCUGAUAUUGUAAGAGAUUAUCAUGAGCACAUCUGUAUUAUUUCUUCAGUCACGGAUUAUUGACAAGGCAGAAGCACACUGUCCCUACUGCUGCCAAAAUGUUACAAGACUGCUAAGAUGUUUUCUGUAUACCACUACUGUAUUUAUUUGUUUUUGCUGACUGGUGUGGGAAACAUCCUAAACAUUCCCUGUGUGGGUGUGUGCGUGUGUGUGUGUCUGUGUGACUGAGCGUGGGCCUAGUUUUCAUGCUAUACUUGUGAGCAUGAUAUGUACUCACAAGUAUGGUAUACUUCCAAAAAAAACCUUGUUUGCCUGUUUUUACCACCCCAACAAAUUCUGCUCUUUCCUUUGGUUACACUGAGCAGAACAGGAAUGCUUUUAGCAGCAGCACAUUUAACUUUAGAAAUCAAUUUCCUUACUUAGAAAUAAAAAAUAACAUGCUCUGUUACAGUGACCUCAAACAAUAUUUGCAUAACACAUGCACUCACACACACACACACACACUCACACACUCACACACACACACACACACACACACACACACACACACACACACACACACACACACACACACUGACUGAACAAUUAGCAACAUACACAAGCAACAAGGAAAAGAGCCUGACAAUUAAAUAUAAUGAUAAUUCAGGGAACAGCGUUGAAACGAAAAUAUUUCUUUCAUAUUCUAAUAUUUAUAAAAGAAAAUCUGCUGAGGAGUUAUUGCUUAUAUUACUGAGACACCUCACAUGUAACAGGUUUAAAUGUGUUGUAUGUAGAGUCCAACAGUAUUAUAUGAUCUUAUUUCAUUAGUACUUUCAGUUUGUAAAAACAGUAGCAGUAGUGUGAAUUUCUAAUAUAUUAAAUAUGCAACAGUUAAUUAAAUAAGGCUGCAUCAAUUUAAAGUAUUAAAUAACAAAUAAUCAGAUUUUAAAUGAGAACUGACUGUGACAUUUAAAAGUGAAAAAAAACCCAACAAUGCAUGAAAGCAGUAGUAGUAUUUACAUGCGCAUAGUAUAACUUAAAAGCGUAAGUAUACAUCACUUAUUAUGAUGAUGACAUAUGAAUAUCUCCAUUAACUUAUUCAAACUAUGAAGUUAAUAGUUAAUUAAUUAUAAAGUUCAGUACAUUAGCAAUUAUCAUUGUAGCUUAUCAAUAUAAGGAUGUUGGAAUGAUCCUGUUUGGCUAUAAGAUUAUGUGUGUUGAGCUGUGUCCUCAGUACGAAUGGGUUGGAUUUCCCAGAUCUGCAAGUUUUGAUAUAAGAAACAUAAUAAACUGGAUCUGCAUACCAUUUACAGAGCUACAGAAAUGUAACAAGUUAUCUCAUGUUUGGCACUUCACAAAUAGUUUACCCAUGUUCCUAAACUACAGCUAACUUCCCCAUGACUUCAGCUAACUUCUUGUUUAUACUUGUUCAUAAUAUUAACAAUACAAACAUUCAGCAAUACCGAAAAUGUUAUGUUGGUUCAGGUGAAAUGUAAAAGUAAAUGUGACUUAAAUAUUGUUAGCUACUUAUUAUGUCAAAAAUGGCUAAUUGGCUAUAAAAUUGUAUUUUACCAAACUGCAAAUGAGUAUUUAAUUGAUCAGUGAUUAGCUGUAGUAGCAUCUUAGGCUUCCAUAAACUAAUAACUCAAAACUCUACCCUCUAGUUGCUCCACUGAGCAGGUAAGAGUUUAAAGCUUGUAAGCAGAAUUUAGUAGAUGCAAAAUAUGUUUAAUUAGCCUUUUGUAAAAUUUGGAUUUUGAUAUUGAUUCAAACGUUUUGAAUGGCAAUGUUGUGAAUGAAGGGCCACUUGCACUUGAGUAAAAGCAAGAAAGAAGCUCUUAGUUUUAGAUAAGCAAGUAAACGGUACCAAAGAAUGAUAUUAGUUAAAAAAUUGAUAUGAACUUAUUUUUGUUUAUCCCAUUCAGGACUAUAUAAAUGAUUUCUGUUCAAUGGCUACUUAAUACCCAGAGUCUACUAUUUCUGCUACAUAAAUAAAUAAAAUGUAAGUAGACUAAGAAUAUUUUCCUACAUAAUUAAUUGAAUUACAUUCAAAUAAAGAAAUCAUUAAGCAAAAAAAAAAAAAAAAAAUUAUUCACCCUUAUUCUUCCCAAAGUUAAAAGUGGAAUUGUACCAGAAAGCAAAAGGUUAUGUGACAGAUAGUAUUGUUCCAUGUUGAAGUUAAACUUGUAAACAGCCCAUUCCUGCUAUUUUACAAAAUCCAUCAUUUAAAAACAACAUUUCUUAUCUUGCCAAUGUUAUUUUGGGUGAAUGUAUGAAGAUCUGACUAUGUGUUUGCACAAAAGAUUAAUUGUGAGAUAGAUUUCAGUUGCUUGUUAGCUAUAUUAGCUCCUGUAGCUACAGUGCAAAACUAAAGACACAUACGUUAGACAAACAGGCAUGGGCUGAUCGACUAUAUUUGGAGUAAGGGGAAAACUUUUUUUUUUCUUGAAAUCUUACUAUAAAAGAUUGGCACUGGAUUAGUUGGCAUUUACAUGUUGAGGAUAUCAAAAUAAUGCAUUUAAUUUGUCAGGCAUGGUGUACAAUUUUGAAGAAAUGCAACUUUAAGAUUUUGGUCACAUUGGUGAACAUGAACUCUCUUUCAGUUCUUCAGCCACUGGGAUUGUGUGGGAGAUUUCUAAAGCCUUUCUAAAGCCCUGGUCACCCAUUACAGUAUAGCUCUGAGGGCUUUGGCUUACCAUGAGAAGAGCCAGUCUAUGAUUCAGCCCUGGACCUUGCAUGUCGUGUCCUGCUGUUGCUGAGUUUGGUUGGUCUUAUCACUCCCCAGUGAAUGUAUUGAGGCUGCACCUACUGAAAUAUACUUUCUUACAUGUUUCAUUUCUUUAUUUGCUUGAUGUUGAGUUUACUGUUUUUGAUAAUUAAUCAUUUAGACUAUACUUAGACUAUUACACAGUGUACUUUACUGUUGAGACUAGAUGUUUUGUAAUGUUUAAGCACUGUUAGUAGUAGUUUUGUCAUAAUUAUGUAGUCAAUGGGCUUUUUGGGUAUUUAUUUUAAUGCAGUGUUCUUUUGAAUGUGGGUGCCUGGAAUAUGACGGAGUUGUGCAAUAUUUAGUUGUUUUCAGCUGUUUAAUAUAAAAUGGAAUACAAAUGGCUUCAGACAAAUAUCAUGAUUUUGUGUUAGUCUUAUCAUGCAAUACAUGAAAUACCCAUAAUACAAUUCCUUAGGCAUUUAAGGAAUGAGCAUUUAAUAUACAUUUUUGCAAAAAUAUUGGAAAUGCCAUAUUUUCUAAAUGUAUUUAUUUAUUUGUUAUGAAUUUGCCAAGUCAUACAGGUACAGGUAUGUAUUUUGCCACAGAGGCAAAGUGUGCAGUACAGCGCGCAACAUACAAUAAUUUUGGUCCUUAGCAACAGUAUAGUUAUCUUAAAGAAGUAUGUAUAUUAAUUUUAAUUGACACCAUUUAUGUGUUUAUUUCUAACAGCUGGACCAAUUUUAUGAAUUGCUCUGAUGAACUCUGUUAAAUGAUCCUGGGAAAAAUCACAGUGCAACAUGAAGGUUUUACAAUAACAGCUCUGAUGUUUGACUGCGUGCAGUUCAGAGAGAAAACUCUGACUCUAUUGAUAGUUAAUCCACAUCCUCUGUCAGAAAAAGGACAACUAUCAUAUGUUAAAUUUACAGUGCACAUGUGAUACAUAGCUGAAAUAAGAUAAUAUGUUAAAAGACCUUAUAUAUUUAUAUACCUUAUCUAAUGCAUGAUUUUGUUUGUAAUGUUCACAUGAUAUUUUUCAGUAGUCAUCUGAAUGGGAAAUGAAGCAUCCUCUAUGGAUAUGGUAUGAAAUGAGAUUAUGUUAAUAUGUUUAAAGUGCAUUGCAUAGCCCUGAAUAACUUUGAACAGAAUGAAAGGAUACUGUCAGGUGAACAACAGAUUUGAAAUAUACACACUCAGGCAUGAGAUUGUUUAAUUAAGUUGGGUAAUAGAUUGUAAAGAGAUUUUGCACUAGUGGAAUAUAUGUACUGUGGAGAGUAAUUAAAUAAAAAUAGUGUAAAAAUGUAAACA